AUGACUAGACGAAAAAAUCGUUUAAAAAUACCUUCGAUUAGCCAUGAGUCUAGACAUUCACACAUUUCCAUAGAGAUGUGUACUUUAAUCGCAAGAGACAGCAUCCAUUCCAUCCAUAAAUAUUUACUUCAAUCGAAAGAGCAGGCAUCCAAUCCAUCGAUCAACAUAUAUACAUCAAUCUCAAGAGCAAGCAUUCAUUACAUCCAUAAAUAUACACUUCAAUCGCAAGAGCAGGCAUCCAAUCCAUCGACAAAUAUGUACCUACUUUAUUUACCACGGCAGAAAUCCAUUAUUUCAUCCAGCAGUCUGUGCUCUAAAGCAAUCACUCGAACUAAGCUUCCUGACAGCAUGAC